UAUUUUCUUACAUUUAUUAACCUAUAAUUUAUAAAUAUUAUGAAUUAAAGGAGGAUUGAGUUUAAAAUAUUUUAAUUAAAUAAAGUGAUAAAUAUUAAGUUGUAAUAUGGCAGAAAAUUCCGCAAUUUCUUUACCUCAAAAGCGAUUUUAUCGACAAAGAGCACACUCAAAUCCCAUAGCUGACCAUUGCUUUAAUUACCCCCAUUCACCAGAUCUAAUGGAAUGGUCAAAUUUGUAUCCGGAAAAAUUUAAAAAUAAUAAAGAAAAUUGUCCGUUAGUUGAAUUUGCGGAUAUAGGUUGCGGGUACGGGGGUCUCCUUAUCACUUUAUCACCAAUGUUUCCAAAUACUCUAAUGUUGGGUAUGGAAAUUAGAGUUAAAGUAUCUGAUUAUGUUAUGGACAGAAUAAAAGCUUUAAGAUCACAGAAUCCCGAUGAGUAUCAAAACAUCGCUUGUUUACGAUCUAAUGCUAUGAAAUAUUUACCUAAUUUUUUUAAAAAAGGUCAGUUGAAAAAAAUGUUUUUCUUGUAUCCUGAUCCCCAUUUUAAAAAAGCUAAACAUAAAUGGAGGAUUAUUAAUCGAUGUCUUUUAGCUGAAUACGCUUACGUUCUAGCCGAGGAUGGUAUAGUUUAUACUGUAACUGAUGUAAAGGAUUUACAUGAAUGGAUGUAUCAACAUUUUACUGACCAUCCUCUAUUUGAACAUAUAUCAAACGACGAUUUGAAAGAUGAUCCAAUCAUCGAGAAAUUAUUCAGUAGUACUGAAGAGGGUCAGAAAGUUACUAGAAACAAUGGAGAGAAAUUUUUAGCAGUCUUCAGGAGGAUAAAAGAUCCAUUUUGUAAUGUUUAGAUUGAAUGUAAAUAUAAAUGAGAAAAGAAA